GUUUUUGAUCCAAACAAAACCAAACCAAACUUCCUCUAAAGCCGGAGCCUUCAGCUUCACAACACGACAGCAUGGGGUAUAAUUGCUUGCCUGUGGACGACCUCCUGGAGAAAUACUACCUCUCACCUUCCUACGGGGUCGAGUUUUGCGUCGGUUUCCUUGGCAACCUGCUGGUUGUCAUCGGAUACGUCUUCUGUCUGCCUAAGUGGGGCAGCAUUAAUGUUUACCUCUUCAACCUGGCCGCCUCUGACCUCGUCUUCCUGUGCACACUCCCACGCCUCUCCUACCUGUAUGCCAACGGCAAAUCAGAGACCAACCCCUACAUGUGCAUCAUCAACCGCUACAUCCUGCACGUCAACCUCUACUCCUCCAUCCUCUUCAUGGUGUGGAUCAGCAUGGACCGCCUGCUGCUCGUCAUGCAUCCCAGCAAGUUGCACUCCCUCCUGACCUGCAGGGCGGCGCUGGUGGUGACGGGCCUGAGCUGGCUGGCCGUCAACGUCGAAGUGGCGCCCAUGAUCUCCCUCAUGAUCCAGGACCACCAAAGUGGCAACUGGAGCAUCUGCAAGGACUUUGCCAGCCUGGAGGGGGACCUGGACACGCUGGGCUACAGCCUGGGGCUGACACUGACCGGCUACAUCCUGCCCCUGGUGGGGAUCUGCGUCUUCUCGCACAGGAUUACGCUUCUGCUGCACAGCCAGGAGAAGGCGCUGCAGCGCCAGAAAACCGCGUACGGCCGGCCUGUGCGUGUGGUCCGUGCGGCGGCGGUCAUGUUCCUGGUGCUCUACACGCCGUACCACGUGAUGCGGAAUGUGCAGAUCGCGGCCAGUGCGGAUUGGGCAGGGCUGAGCCAGUGCAGCAGGGUGCGCAUCAAGGCGCUGUAUAUCGUGACCAGGCCGGUGGCGUUCUUCCACAGCGUGAUCAACCCCGUCUUCUACUUCUUCAUGGGAGACCACUUCCGAGAGCUCCUGUUGGGGAAGCUCAGGAAGCUGAUCCGGAUGAGACAAACUAUCACACUCUCACGUCCUUCAGUUGGAAUUCCGACCUAACCAAUGCAUUUAUGCCGGGUUUUAGAUGCAGUUCACCAGUUGCAAAGUGGGAAAACCGUACGACUCGACGAACAAAUAUGGCUGCGCCCGUAAUGGAUUUUUUUGUCUUUGUAUUUUUACCACGUUGGUCGUUUUAAUGUUGAUUUUAAAUGCACUUACAUAUUUGAUUACAUUGCUGCUUUAACCCGAUCACCAAUUUAUGCAUUACAAAGUCUUGCUGUGAGUGCAAUACAAUGGAAAGUUUUGUUGCUUGUUUUCGAGCUAGUUUGCUAAAGAGGCUAAUGUAGCUAACAAUAACAACAGUGUUGGGAGUAAAGCGUUACAAAAGUAAUGCAUUACUUACGCACAUUACAAGGCAUUUUAAACCCGAAAUGUGUGUUGUUUUUAUACAAAUUUGCCAAAGCUGCGAGAUUCGCAGAGGAGAAAAAUAUCUGCGCAAAUGUUCCUUCCUCUUGCUGCUAGAGGAGAAGAUCACGGCAGCAAAGAGUCCAGGGGGGUUGUAGUCUUUUCGCUCGGUUCUCCGUAUCAAUAGUAGGGCUAGAAUGGAGCGAAAAGACUACAACCAGCCCGCUUUCUGGUUCUGGUCAAGGAGCAAUGAGUUUUCCAACCGAAAUCAAUGGAUUGACAAAAUGCCAAAUAAAACACGACAGAAACUGUAUUUCGCUAUGAUACUUGAUUUGGAACAUCAACAAACACUGCUAACCACUCGGUGAGUUGCACAUUUCUGAAAACGAACGUUUAGGGUUGUUUAAGGACAGCUUUGUGAACACCCAUAACCAGCCAUUGUGAAGCAGGCAGGGGCGAAAUUGAAAUGUGCCAAAUACCAAAGACUAGAGUUGGCUCGGUCGCCAACGAAUCAGUGUGAAUGAAUGAAUCUUUAAGACGAACGAACUGAACUGUUUCCUCUCUCUCUCGUUCGUCUCGUUCAUUCUCAGACUCGUCUUCUCCCAGACCCCCUAGUUGCUGACUCGCUGACAGUUCGUUCACACACUGUGUGAGUGGUGAGGAGGGACCGACCAAUCGUAUGCUGUUCUAGGACUGAGUCUAGGACGCUCUCGUCGAAUUUUAGCCAAUGAGAGACAGAAAUUAACCGGUUUCUUGGGGAAAAAACAAA